AAAUCAAAAUCACUCUCUUUCGCCGCUCUCCCGAUCGCAGUGUGUGGACAUUGAUUUGAUUCAACUUAAUCUUCCCUCUCUGCUUAAGCGAUCAGAACGAAGCUUUCGCAUAAGUGUAUGACUUUAGAUUGUAAGUUGAACUACUUAGGAGAUGGAGAAUGAAAUCUGUCCAAGGAAUUUCGUACGGCUAUCGGAAUUUUGCUUCGAGAAAUUGAGGUUUUUCCUCCUUCCUUAUUGAGUAUUAUUCAUUGAUGAGAAAAAUUGAUAAAUUUUCUUGCCUUCUUAAUAUUUUGUUUGAAUACAAGUUCUUUGUCUGUGGGCUGCAUAAAUGACAAUGAUUUAGCUCUGUGAAAAUUAAGGACAAUUCUCUGCUUCACUAUGGUCUGCAAAACUGCGAACCGACCUAUGACCGUAUAGCACUGCCAAAUCGACGACCAACCUGAUUGAGCUGAGGUUCGGUCGAAGCUUGGUCAUGUUCGACUUUGCCCAUCACCAAUGAUGUUGCGCUUGAAGGAUCUCCAGGAUUUUGUUCAUAAUAAUUUCUCGUAUUGGUGUUAUAUAGCUCUGCAUCAUUUCCAGGUCUGAACUAAAAUCUCAGAUUACCUGCAAACUUUAGUGCAGUAGCCGAAUACAUUUCGAAUUAUUUUUUGGUGAGUGAGAGACUGAGCUGAUCCUUUGAGCUGACAAAAAAUGAUAGAAAUAUUCAGUUACACAGCAUGCAGACAAUUGUCUCAGAUGAUAUUUGCAAUCAUCUUGUUUCACAUCUCUGAAUAUAUCUUGGCAGUUGGAAUUCAUGGGAGGUCAAAUGUUACUCUAAAUUCCCUUCUGAUAAGCAAAAACUAUCUCUUGGCAAUGGUCUUGUCUUUCUUAGAGUACUUUCUUGAAACUUUGUUGUGUCCCAGUCUUAAGGAAUACUGGUGGAUUAGUCAGGCAGGCCUUGCAAUGGUCGUAAUCGGAGAAACUGUACGUAAACUGGCAAUUAUAACUGCGGGUCGAUCAUUUACACAUCUGAUCAAGAUCUAUCAUGAGGAUCAUCACAAGCUAGUUACUCAUGGAGUCUAUAGAUUUGUUCGUCAUCCUGGAUACAGCGGUUUCCUCGUGUGGGCGAUUGGCACCCAAAUCAUGCUCUGUAAUCCCAUCUCCACCAUUGCAUUUGCAGUUGUGGUUUGGCACUUCUUUGCCAAACGAAUUCCGUAUGAAGAGUACUUCUUGAGACAGUUUUUUGGGGACGAGUACAAGGAGUAUGCGAAUCGAGUACCCUCUGGAGUGCCAUUCGUGAAAUGAAGGCCGAAGAUCUGGAGUUGGAUUCAUCAAGAUAUUUUUCAUGGGUUCUUUGCUCUUUUGAGGUAUUUGGAACCUUUAACUGGGAGUAGUUUUGUGGUGUAUAUUAAAGCUUCUAAUUGAUGAUUUUUGGAUGAGGAUUCUUUUAAUGUAAUAUUCUUUGUAUAUGAAGUGAGGAAUUGUUGAGCAAGAUUUUACCAAUGCACAAGUUUGCUAAACUCAGACUUAAA